GCACCAUUGUUCCCAGACCAGAAGAAGCCCCACCUACUGUUCCCAUGGAUUAUGCGUGGGCAAGGGAGCUAGGCCUGAUUCGCAAGCCAGCCUCAUUCAUGACAUCUAUCUGUGAUGAGAGAGGCCAAGAGCUGCUGUACGCAGGGAUACCCAUCACUGACAUAUUCAAGGAGGACAUGGGCAUCGGGGGAGUGCUCAGUCUGCUCUGGUUCCAGAGGAGACUGCCCCGCUAUGCUGCCAAGUUCAUAGAGAUGUGCCUGAUGGUGACAGCAGACCACGGGCCCGCAGUGUCCGGGGCUCACAACACCAUUGUGUGUGCCCGGGCGGGAAAAGAUCUUGUAUCCUGUCUAACUUCUGGGCUUCUGACAAUUGGUGAGAGGUUUGGAGGAGCCCUGGACGCCGCGGCCAAGCAGUUCAGCGAGGCAGUGGACAGUGGAAUGAUCCCAAUGGAGUUUGUGAACUCAAUGAGGAAGAAGGGGAUACUUAUCAUGGGCAUCGGACAUCGCGUCAAGUCCAUCAACAAUCCAGACAUGCGUGUAGAGAUUUUGAAGGACUACGCCCGGAAGAACUUCCCAGCCACGCCCAUUCUGGACUACGCCAUCGAAGUGGAGAAGAUCACCACAUCCAAGAAACCCAACUUGAUUUUGAACGUUGAUGGAUUUAUUGGAGUGGCGUUCGUGGAUCUACUUAGAAACUGUGGCUGCUUUACAAGGGAGGAAGCCCAGGAAUAUGUAGAGAUUGGUGCACUGAAUGGACUGUUUGUGCUGGGACGAAGUAUGGGAUUCAUUGGCCAUUUCCUUGACCAGAAGCGUUUGAAGCAAGGUUUGUACAGGCACCCAUGGGACGACAUCUCCUACGUCAUGCCAGAACAGUUUGGUCAGGAGCAGAUGUGAAACCAGAAUUGGAUUAAAAUAUUAAGAGACUGGAGAUGGUUAACUUGGCUUAAUGUUUGUAGACAACAAAUUUUUACAUACAGAAAUUCGUUUAACCCUUUACCUCUCAGAUAUGUAUUGUGACCAAUGUGAUUAAAAAAUCGAAUUAAAUUAAAUACCUCUUUUAAUAGAUUCAAGUUUUUAGGCUUCAUUUCCAACCCUAAUAUACUGAUAAUCAGCAAACAGCAUAAAACCUGAACAGCCUGCAAGUAAACAGCCUGUAAGUAACUCGCAGGCUGUUCUGGUUUUAUGCUGGUUGCAUACAGCCAUUUUCUCUUUGUCUCUGAGUGGGAAGGGGGGAAGAGGAUACUGGUUAGAAUUGGGAGCCAACUGCAGUUUCCGAGAAUGUGGACACAAUUACUUUGUUUGAUAUAAAUGGUAUAUAAUCUCUGAGAAUGAAAUUAUGGAUCACUAACUUAGUAAAAACUUUGCAGGUUUUAAAUAAUAGGGACACAAAUAUUGCAUUCCAUAUUUGAAUUAUACAUGUGUUUUAAAUACAUGAGAUGUACAAAUCUCGACUUAUGACUGGGGUUUCAUGGUAGGCAGUGCUCAAGAUAAAAUGGGUAUCUGCCUAUAGAUUGAAUACAAAUGAAUUAAAAAUUAGCCCAGUAGGUUAUGUUAUGCUAAGCAAAUAGAAGGUUAAAUACCCUUUAGACACGAAUAAAGUGUUUGAUACGCUUCAGGCAAAAACCUUAUGUGGAGUUGUUUGUAAGUUUUAUAUUAAACAUUGUGGGAGAUUAGUAUAUGUUUUAGUCAUAAUUUGCAUUUGAACUUUAGUCAAAGCUUUAUGAUUCCUUGUUAGAUGUAUAUUGUUAAUGCUGACCUUCAAGGUUGUUGUUUACAUUAAAGAAAUGUAGCAAUAUUGUUUAUGCAAUUUUAUUUAUCUGUGAAUGAUUGUAAGUGGUGUUAAAAUCUUUGUUGCUUUUUUUAAACAAAAUUACUUUCAUUUUACAAGUAGAAUUUUCUAGUGACAACAAAACAACUUCAGGUUAAAGUAAAUGGCAAUUUCAGAUAACAUUUUUGUAAAACAAGAUAUUAAAUCGGAAUGAAGUACAUAGUAUUUCAGCUUGUUUUACAUUAUAGGUGCCAAGACCAUUAUUACUUGUGACUUCACUUCUUUGACAAGAUUUAGUUUAAUUAUGUCAUUUUAUGUCAUGCUCAAGUUUUAUAGCUUUAAAAGUUUUGAGCUUUCACUUAUUUGUCCAUUGUGUUAACUUGUAUGUAAAAGUAUUCCUUUCUUUAGAUUCAUCGAUCUUCCUGCACAUUUAUAAUUUUGAAAAUGAGUAAUGAACAAAUUCCUGUCACUUGCGUUGAAUUUUAAGAUAACAUAAAGAAUUUGUAAAAUUUUAUCUGGUGGGUAUAGUUAAAAACAUCUACAUAACUAAACUUCUGAACAAAAUAAGGAAGAAAAUCACCACAAGAAUGAUCAACCUUCAAUGAACAAUUGUACAUUUUUUGUGUUACCGGCAUGUACAGCAUGGCUUUGCAUUUUUAUCAAAUUGACAUUGACUUGUUGUAUCAUUUGUUUUGAGCAUGUAAACAAAAUAAUUUACGGAUUUCCAUUUGAUGUUUACUUCAUAGAUUUUUUUUGUUCAUUUAAUUAUUAUACCAUAUUGUUAAACAAGCACUUUGUUUCAAAUGUUAAUGGUAAGAAAAGAAAGGAUUUUAUAUGACUCAAAUAGUUUGCUUACAUGUUAAUGUAUGUGGGUUCAAGGUGGAGGUUAUUUAGUCCCUCAAAAUGGUAUAUAUCAUGGUUGUUUAUUGAUGAGGUUUUGUAGCGUUGUAAACUUUGUUCAUGGAUGUUUAUUACAUAUAUUUGAUCUACGAUGUAUGAGAUACAUUGGAUUCCUUAUUUAUUUGUAAUGCAGAAUUACUGACACGAGCUUUGAUAGUUCCUUUGGUCUUGUUAAACAUGACAUCAUGGUCACUGGCCAAAAUGUGUGUGCAUUAAUUGAAUGUACAACUAUUUAAGCUGGAUGGCAUCAAAAUCCUAAGGCUUAUUGAGUUGUGAUACAGAGUUACUGAUGCAAGCUAUGAACUGCUUUGGUCUUAUUAAACUUGACAUUGUGGUCACUGGCCAAAAUUUGUUUGCAUUAAAUGAACUUUAAAGUAUUUAAGCUUAAUUGCAUCAAAAUCCUCAGGCUUAUUGAGACACUCUUUGGUAAGUUUUUUGGUUACUACGGUUACUACCAGUACUUGGAAUCUUUGGGGUGAUCUAAAGAAAGCUUCAUGGUGGGGAUGGAAGGAUUUACACCUGAAUGACACUAGCUGGAGUGAGAGUGCACACCUGUGUUGUCAUAUAGAUAAGUUAAAAAACUAUAUGUAGGUUAUCACUAGUUGUUAUUGUUGUUGUUAUUAGGCAAUAGUAUCAUAGACUUGCACUGUGAGAGGCAAACCAAAUUUCACAGCUGUUUUGUUCUCAAUGACAGAAUCUCUUACUUAAUAUUUAUUUUAGAAUUUGGUGCAAUUUUCAUAAAAUGAAAUUCUCUGAGUGAUCAUUGAUAUUGUUUAGACAUCCUGUUGGUCUUUGUUUUCACCAUGUUCAAUGUACUUGUUGUUGUGCAGUUUUAUACUUGAUGUCUUAAUCUGUGAAGCUCUUUUUGUACAACUUGCCUAUAAUAUCAGAUAAUUUGAACUUUCUAUGCCUACUGGACCUCAAGGUUUCACCAUUAUUUGUUGCAUAAAUGAUAACUGUGUUAGUGAAGUGAUGUGAAACAUUUGUAGAAACACUGCUCACACUGCACCUACAUCCAUUGUAUCUUAACCCUUACAAUGCGGGAACCGAAUUUUUAAGGCCUUUGCAAACAGUUUGGAUCCAGAUGAGAUGCCACAGAAAGUGGCGUCUCAUCAGGAUCCAAACUGUUUGCUAUUCUGAUAGUAUUCUUUGAAAAAAAUCGAAGAAAAUGCUAAUUUUAUAAAUUCAGCAGACGACAUUUUAGCAGACGACAAAUUUCCCAGCAUGCAAAGGGUUAAUAUCUUGUUGUAAGGGUGCAGGAUCAACGGGGUUAGCUGGGGUUUACACAUGGACUGGACAGAAUGAAAAUACACUGUUAAGAACUUUAUUUUUGCAAAUAUCUCAAGUUAUUGAAAUAUGUUUGCAAAAAUCUUAAGUGCAUUUAAGGCAGUUUUUCUAGCAGUGUGUGCCAAUAUCUUAAGAUUUAAGAAUACAUUAUUGAAUACGCCUCAAACCGAUGCUGAAGUUUCAUAUUGCAUACAGCAUAAAAAUGUACAUGAAUGGCUUUAAACAUAAAAUUUUUGACCAAGAACAGAGGCUUAUUGAAUACAAUAAUUCACAUUGUUUUUCACAUUGCCAUAAGCCACAUAAAAAACUGUCUUUUAUGCACUAGUUGAAAUUCUUAAGAAAAAUUGUUUUAAAAAGUUAUAUGAAAAAAAUCACCUCUUACGGGUGUGUUUACAUCCAUUAACAUCCAUUUGUGAACCCCACGUGAUCCUGCAUCAUGGUUAUUGUACACCUACACCGGGACCAUGUGAAAAUAAAUGUUAGAAGCUA